AUGGAAUUGGAGUAUUACACCAAAGAAUCGGAUUCCCAGACAGUUUACCGGAUGAAAAGCAAGCCUCGAGGGUACUGUUUGAUCUUUAACAAUCAUGAUUUUAGUGUCGCAAGGAAGGAGGUAUUCAAACUUCACAGAAUUAAGGACAGGAAUGGAACAGACUUGGACACAGAGGCUUUGAAAAAUACCUUUAGUAGUCUUCACUUUGAGAUAGUGCGUUACAGAGACAAUACAGCAAAGAAAAUCCAUGAAGUUAUGAAAUCAUAUCAAAAAAUGGACCACAGUAACAUGGACUGCUUCAUCUGCUGCAUCCUCUUCCAUGGAGACAAAAGCAUCAUUUAUGGUUCUGAUGGGAAGGAAGUCUCCAUCAGUGAGCUGACCUCUUACUUCACUGGAUUAAACUGCCCUUCCCUUGUGGACAAACCAAAGAUCUUUUUCAUUCAGGCUUGUCAAGGAGAUAACUACCAGAGAGGUAUAUCUAUUGACACUGACUCUAAACAGGAAGAUGACUAUUUAGAAAUGGAUUCUUCAUCUCAGAAGAGAUACAUCCCAGACGAGGCUGACUUCCUCCUGGGCAUGGCCAAUGUCAACGACUGUGUUUCCUACUGAGACCCUGCAGAAGGGACCUGGUAUAUCCAGUCACUUUGCCAGAACCUGUGAGAGAGAUGUUCGAGGGGCGAAGAUAUUCUUACCAUCCUCACCCAAGUGAACUUUGAAGUCAGCAAUAAGGAUGACAGGAAGAACUUAGGGAAGCAGAUGCCACAGCCAACCUUCACACUGAGGAAAAAACUCUUCUUCCCUCUUAACUGAUGCUGCUGUUUCAUUGUCUAACACUAUGCUGAAUUUCUUUAUAGAGCUAUUUUGCUUUUCUGUUUUGUUUUUCACAUAGUGGAGAACAAGAGAUACAAAAUGCCUAUUCCAUCUGCAAGAAGACUGGUGGCUUUGUUUCUUGGGAGAAUGUAUCAGACCUCGGUUUCUGGGCUUGAUUCUAUGACAAAGAAUGCUGGUGCAGUAGAUCUGCAGAGGAGAGCUAGUGGACCUCUCUCAAAGGGUGGUGCUGGAGAAUUUUGUCAUCUGACCUCAGAAAAACAGCUAAUCAGUGAGCUUCAGGUGUAAUGUGUGUGUCACUAACUGCUCUGGGAAUGCAUGAGUCUCCUCUUCCGGCUUGAGAAGACUUUGAUUUUUUUUUUUUUUUAGUGCUAAAAUACACAACUAUUCAGAUUAGAUUUUACUAAAGGGGGGAGGGUGAUUUAUUUACAUUUUUAUUUUUCCUCAGUAUUUCAUCAGGCUCACUGCUAAAUAGAAUACUAACGUCAUCAUUAUUAUUGUACUCCCAGUACAUUCUCAACACUAAUUUCCAAGUUUCUGUAAAAAAUAAAUUUGAGAACAUAAUUUCUUAGCUUGAAAACCAGGGGGGAAAAUGAGUGUUUUACAAGUUCUUUCUAAUUUGUUCCCAAAUUCAACUUCUAGGUUUUUUUUUUCCAUAGCUCUGCAAUCCACACUUGCUUUUGUAAAUAUAAUUAACUGUUUGUAUUGAUAUUUUUAA